AUGUCGAAACGAGGCCGUGGUGGUGCCUCCGGCAACAAGCUCAAGAUGACUCUCGGUCUUCCUGUAGGAGCCGUCAUGUCGUGUGCGGAUAACUCGGGAGCGCGAAACCUCUACAUCAUUUCCGUCAAGGGAAUCGGUGCUCGAUUGAACAGACUACCCGCCGCUGGUGUGGGAGAUAUGGUCAUGGCCACCGUCAAGAAGGGAAAGCCUGAGCUGAGGAAAAAAGUCAUGCCCGCAGUCGUCGUUCGACAGUCGAAGCCCUGGAGACGGCCAGACGGUAUCUAUCUGUACUUCGAAGACAACGCUGGAGUUAUUGUGAAUCCAAAGGGUGAAAUGAAGGGCAGUGCCAUCACAGGACCAGUAGGAAAGGAGGCUGCCGAACUGUGGCCUAGAAUUGCAAGCAACAGUGGCGUUGUCAUGUGA